AUGGAACGUGAACUGAUCACAAAGUGUCAACAUGUUGCCAGUCGUGCAUUGCGAAUUCCUAUCUCCUUUAUAACGGUAACUGAUACGAGCACAGAUAAAAAAUAUAACCAACAACAGAAUGGAGGAACUCAAGGUGCAGACGUUCAUGGACGAGCGAUUAUGGCGUGCUGUGAGAAGCUAAUGAUAAUCGUACGUCCUAUUCUCAAAGAGGAACCAGAUUGGCGUAAAGCUGUGUUAAAAGCCUAUAAGAUGCGAGUGCCUCUGCAAGCGUCCGAACACAUCGGGUGGGUGCCAAAAAAU